AUGAUUGACAUCCACAACUAUACCCCAGGCAGUUCCACACCCCAGAAAAUGCAAAACUGGUUUCUUAUGAACAGAAAGGUGUUUUCCAAGCUGAACUUUCAACUGACAGAAGAUCUGAUCCGAGAGUUGUGUCUCGGGAAAGCCGGGCUCAUUGAACGCUUCCUCAUGCACCUUAGAGCAAAGAUUGAGAAAGCAAACUGGGAUAUGCAAAAGGAUGCAGGUGACAGGAAAGACGUUGCUGAGAAAGUUACCAAAUCAUCUCAGAGGCUCUACACAAAUCCCAAGGGCACUAAAGCAAAUUUUAAUGAUAAACCUGAAGCAGAUCAAGACAUAAUUUCCCCUGGCCGACUUAAACAGCAGCUUAAUCAAGUUGCUGUACGGGGAAAUGUAAAGGGGAGAUCUGAUGAACCAGUUCCUAGGGCACUCUAUGAAGAGAAAGAACAGGAAUGUUUGUCUAAAGAAGAAACUAUACAAAUACUGCAAGCUAAAGUACGCAGACUUGAACAUCUCCUUCAGCUGAAAGACCUCAGAAUAGAAGAUCUUCAGAACAAGCUUGAGACAGCCAAACCACUAGCUAGAGGCAUGAGAUAA